GCCCCGGUGCUCACCAUGGCCAACGAGAAACCCAAGGAAGGAGUCAAGACUGAGAACAACGAUCAUAUUAAUGUGAAGGUUGCGGGGCAGGAUGGUUCUGUGGUGCAGUUUAAGAUUAAGAGGCAUACACCACUUAGUAAACUAAUGAAAGCCUAUUGUGAACGACAGGGUUUGUCAAUGAGGGAGAUCAGAUUCCGAUUUGACGGGCAGCCAAUCAAUCAAACAGACACACCUGCACAGUUGGAAAUGGAAGAUGAAGAUACAAUUGAUGUGUUCCAGCAACAGACAGGAGGUGUCUACUAAAAAGGGAACCUGCUACUUUACUCCAGGAUUUUGUUAUAGACCAAGAAUACAUUCUCAGUUAGAAAACUGCAAUUUGGUUCCACCACAUCCUGACUACUACAGUAUAGUUGUCUCUAUUCUUUCAUUAUCCCCUUCCCUAUUCCUUUAUUGUACAUAAAGUAACUGGUGUAUGUGCACAAGCA